UUUUGCCCAUCAUGGACUCGGGUUAACGCUGUUUGUAUAUUAGGAUCUACUUGUCUAUCUAGCUAGGCCUCUAGGCACGGUUGAUUGGAGUCUAGAAUCACCCUGUGCCCAAGACUGCGAAGUAGUACAGAACUUGUAUGGAGCCAUUCAAUUACUCGAUUACAUUCAGAGCACUGGAUAACCCCAUCUAUUGCGUAUUCUUAUCCGUUCCCGUGGGACUGGAUCCAUUAGGCGGAUUGGUGGUCGGUCGUGUCACCUUGGCCAAGGAUCCCCAAUCCCAGGCCAGACAUGCGAUGGAAUGUGGGGUGUUCCCAUUCAUCAUUCCUCGUCCUUGAGCAUGUCGUCCUCGUUGGUGGCGGUGCUGCAAAUGACGAGCACCAAUGACAAAGGCCAGAACUUUGAAACGUGUCGAAGGCUCAUUGAGCAAGCCCAGGCCCGUGGGGCCAUCAUGGUCUUCUUGCCUGAAGCCUUUGAUUUUCUGGGCUUGAAUGGAACCGAAACCCAAGCUUUGGCCGAACCUUUGUCCGGGCCUACCAUUAGUAAUUACCAAGCGUUGGCCGCCAAGCAUAAAAUGGGACUCUCCUUAGGUGGAUUCCACCGGGUUCAUGGCGAUAAAAUGCUUAAUACACAUGUCCUGAUCGAUGACCAAGGACAAAUUUCGGGUACCUAUGCCAAGACCCAUUUAUUCGAUGUCGAGAUACCCGGGCAAGUACGACUGAAAGAGUCAGAUUAUGUGAUUCCUGGAGAUCAAAUCUGCGAUCCCAUCUCGACUCCCGCAGGCAAAAUUGGGCUGGGCAUUUGCUACGACCUUCGCUUUCCGGAAAUAUCCUUGGGACUAGCUCGGAAAGGGGCCGACAUAUUGACUUUCCCGGCUACAUUCACCGUUCCAACUGGGAUGGCUCAUUGGGAAACGCUUUUAAGAGCUCGGGCCAUCGAAACGCAAUGUUAUGUCAUUGCUGCGGCUCAGAUUGGACAACAUAACCCGAAACGAGCUUCUUACGGACACUCGAUGAUCAUUGAUCCUUGGGGCACGGUCCUAGCACAUUGCGGCCAAGGCGAAGGGAUCAUCUGUGCCGAGAUCAAUUUGGACUAUCUGGCCUCGGUUCGCAAGAACAUGCCUGUGGCCCAACAUCGUCGGUCCGAUCUUUAUGGUCUAGCCAUGAUCGAUGAUAUUUCGGGGACGGUAGACCAGGAUGAAGUUCGUAAUUUCGGCCAGGUCCAGAUCUCAGGCCGAUGUGUGGUCUUUGAAACCCGAACGGCCUUUGUGGCUGUCAAUAAGAAACCCGUUGUUCCGGGGCAUCUACUCGUGAUACCCAAGAGGCAUAAUGUACCCCGACUCUGUGAUCUAACGACGGAUGAAGUGUCGGAUUUGUUUUUGGCCGUUCAGAAAGCGGAAAUGCUCGCCGAGAAGCACUUCGAAUGCAACGCCUCGACCGUCAAUAUCCAAGAUGGCGAGGAAGCGGGUCAGAGCAUCUUUCAACUGCAUGUUCACGUUUUGCCACGCCAAGCCGGCGACUUCAAACGCAAUGAUGACAUCUACAACGAAUUGGAAACCCACGAUAAGGGCGAUGACGUGAAAUGGAGAUCCGAGGAAGAGAUGGCGAAGGAGGCCGAGGAAUUGCGGAGGACGUUUUGGGCUAUGAAGUGAAAGACAAUAUUUGUAGUUUAUAUGUAGUUUAUGUGGCUAGAAUGAUAGUGAAGACGAUGGUGGUCCACUGGGUCGAUUUUUCUCCCAUAUAUUGUUCGAUCAAAUUUGGUAGAAUGAUGCUUGUGUCAACGAUGUACAAUAGCAGUAUAUUUUCUUUUCGGAACAAGUAAAGUUUGACAUAAAGAGUUAUGUCCUUAGAUUUA